AUGUCUCCGGUGACGGCGUUUCAAGGUUUGCCGGCGACUCCACCACUGUCUGGGUUCGUACACCCAAGAACCAAAACGGUUCUGUCCGUCGACUGGCUUGCAUCGGCUCGACAAAAGCACAUGACAGAGUUGCGGUCGGCCUUGGACAAUUUUCAUCGCGACGUGGCGGCAACAAGCGAAACAUUGCGCCAUCAGGCGCGUGGACGACGCUCGAAAAAGCCGCAUGUGAAAAUGGCAAAGUUUGCGCUUGGCGAUUAUGUUCUGCUGGGAAAAGUCGUCAAGUUUCCCAACAAGUUAGCCCUGAACUGGAGAGGACCAUACCGUGUAUCACGUAUCGAGUCAGACUACGUGAUGGAAAUUCAACAGCUUGUUGAACCAUUUGCGACGUCGGUCCACCACGCCAGCCGCCUGAAGUACUUCUGCGAUGCCGCCUUGGACGUGACCGACGACUUGAAGGAAUACGCGGCGUUCGGUGACGAAGGAUUUUUCGUUGAAGACCUCCUCGGCGCACGGUGCAGCGCCGAGGGCAAGUACGAAGUGCGCGUCAAGUGGAAGGGCCUUGAAGAAGAAGCUUCGUGGGAGCCCGCCGCGCAUCUGUACGAAGACAUUCCGGUCGUCUUCAAUCGAUGUGUCAUGAAGCACGCCAGCGAUGGCGCAGUCAAGGCGAUGCGUGAUGACUUGGAAGCAACCCUGGGUCGUCCGUUGUAG